AUGUUCGCGAACCAAGCCGUACGCAAUGCGCGUGCCCCCGCCACCAGGGUCGCCGGCCGCGUCCGCACCUGCAAACCCCGCCAGGUGCGAUUCCAGUCUUCCACCUCGUCCAGCACCGCUGCCAAGGGUAGCUCGCACUUCGCGGCCGGCGCGGCCGGUGGUAGCGCCAUCAACAAGGGCGCGCGGGAGGCCUCGGCGAAAUACCAAGAGGCGUCGAAGAAGCUGCAAAAGACGACGGCGGACGGGGACCAGGCGAUCAAAUUCAUCAAGGAAUACUGCUACUCGUACCUCGGCUGGAUCCCCGGCGCGCGCCCCUUCAUCGACUCCGCCUUCGAGGACAUUGACCAGCUCCGCAAGGACCACGGUGACGAGGUGAACCAGAUCGUCAGCGAUGCCUAUAAGCAGUUCCAGACCGUCUCCAAGGGAGGCUUGAGCAUGGAGAGCGCGUCCGAGGCCGUCAAGAUCCUCACCGACGUCUCCAAGAAGCUCGCCGACCUGGCGGGUGACGCCUUCUCCGACGUCCUCGACAAUCAUCCCGACGCCAAGGAAAAGCUCGGCGGCGGCGUCGACCAGCUGAAGAAGAUGAGCGCAGAGUACGGCCCGGAGGCCAAGGAGCAGGUCGACAAGACGUUUAAGCAGGUCAAGGAGAUUGUCGGGGGCGGCUUCACCGCGGCCAACCUCGACAAGGCUCGAAAGGUGCUGGAAGAAAAGGUGGAAGCGAUGAAGAAGCUGGGCGACGAUUCGUGGAACAAGGCCAUGGAGCAGGCCAAGCCCCUUCUCGAGAAGAAUGAAAAGGUCAAGUCGCUCAUCGAGGACAACGUCGAGGCGCUGAAGCAGGGCAACGCAAAGGAGCUUUUCGAAAAGGCCAAGUCCGCCGUCGAUUCCGACAACCUCGGCAACCUCGAAGACUACGUCAAGAAGGCCGUCGAGAAGACCAAGUCCAAGGGCUCCAAGGUGUCCGAGGGUCUGGGCCUUGACCAGUACUUCAAGCUGCUGCCCAGCGGCGGAGACGUCUUGUCCAAGGUGAACCAGCUGAAGGAGGUUGCCGAAAAGCACAAGGACGAAGGCGAGAAGCUGUUGAAGGAAACUAUGGAAGAAGUGAAGCAGGUCCUAGAGAAGAAAUCUGCCAAGGCUCAGGAGAUUGUCGACAAGGCGAAGAAGGAGGCUAAAUAA